AUGUCUUCACAGAACAUAGAACUGGACACAAUUCCCGCCGAAGCCCACUGGCAGAUUAGCCAUGUCGAGCGGGCCAUCAAAUGCACCAAACACAUCAUGACCAAACUGGCCAUGGAAGAUCCUGAGAUCACAGCGCAGGAAGCAUUGGCUGAAGCCCUAAGGACCGAGAAUGAAAGAGAAAUUGUCCGGGGCUACAGUCCUGCACAGCAUGACCUUUCGAAACACUACUAUGAAGAUGUCACAGGUGAUGUACCAGAACUUCCGGAGUUCGAACGUGGCAACCAAGGGGCGAUUCUCAAGAAUCGCGAUGGGGUGCCGGUGUGGUCGGGAGACAGCUCCACCUUCGAAGAGUUCGUCGAAGCCUGUCUCCUGUAUGAGCAGACCGUGGUCAAAGAGAAGCGAUACCUUUGUGGGCCUCGAAUUGCCAGUGAACUGUCUGGAUCAGCCAGGCGCAUCCUGAUUGGCAAGUCAGCGGACUGGCUGUCCUUCGAUGGAGGGGUCCGUCGAUUAGUGGCAGCUCUUCGUGCUGAAAGGGGCCAAUCCAAGGUUCCUGAAAUGAGCGAGCUGUUGAUGAAGUACUUCAAGGGCACCAGACGCCAGCGGGGCGAGGGCAUGAAUGACUUCGUGAUGAGAAAAGCCGAGGCAUACACCCGGGCACAACAGUCAAUGGCCCGGUAUCAACGAGAACAUCCAAAGAAGCCAAAGUCAGUGAACUCAGAUCCAAGAUCUCAGCAUUCAUCAAUAGCUGGCCCUCAGAGAACCUGGAAGGCUAGGAACAGUCAACCUCUGCAGGAGCAGUCCUAUGAGUUUGAGAAUGAGGGGUACGACCUUGCGACGGAGGAGGAUGAUCCCUGGGCGCAAUGGCAUGCGCGUGAUGAGUGGGAAGAAGCCCACUCUCACCAGUCCAGGAGCCAUCAUACUGAGUCCUGGAAACAGUCCGACACCCUGGAAUGCAGUCGUGAUGAGCUCCCAGAGAUUUUGCCAGAUUUCAUCCAAGGCUGGGCUUCACCACCGUCCAUGGAAGUGGAGCAAGAGAAAAUGGUGGAAGCCUACGCCGUGAUGCAGGAGGCUCGACAGACACUGAGGGAGGCCAGAGCUAAACAGCAUGCCGUUCGAAUGGCACGGCAGUACUACCCCGUCAAAGGGAAGGGCAAGGGCAAUGAACCUCAAAGCCUGUGGAAGCGACUUGGCAAAACGCCUCCACGGAUGCAAUGUUUCCGAUGUGGUGGCCCACACAAGGUGGCCGAAUGUCGGGAGAAGCCUGCUGACCAGUCAGCCCACGUGAACACCCAGGAGCAGGCACCUUUCGUCUUCUUCACCGACACGGUGGGGGAGGCGCUCAUGGGCGAGUCCCAGGUGGUGCGCCUGGAGCGCACGGCAGCUGGACACCAAGUGCUGCCUCUCACGACGGAUGCCUAUGAGACUGCCCGCAGCUUGCGAGCGCCGCUGCCGUGCUUUAGUGAUCUCGAAUAG